AUCUGAAAUCUCCUCUCUCAUUCAGUUUGUAAGUCAGCAUCGAAUUGCCCCUUUUUGGCUUAAAAGUUUUGGAAAACGAUCGGCAAAAUGCGUAUCUCCUAUUUGCUCUUCCGCUCAAGCUGCCUGAAAUCCCUUUGGAUAUCAUGGACAAAGGUAUCGCUCGGGUUCUUUUUUGCUUCUGUAGGUUAGGAAAGAAAAUCACAGGAAUAUGGAUCUUUAUGACGAUGACCCCUAAGACAACAUUACCCCACCUUCGCCUUUGCACGUCGAACUAAAUAUUUGUAGAGUUUUUGUUAAAGUCAACUGUUCCAUUGGGAACUGAGUCUAACCAAUGACCAGUCCUCUGUUUUCUUCUCUGGUGGCUUUAAUACGUACAUAGAUAUUUUGUUAUCCUCCCCAUAAAACGUGUACCACUCGCUAUGGUUAACUUAAGAAGACCAAGACGGCAAAGACCUGAUACAGGCUGAGGUGGCUGUAACAACCCGUUGUUCACUUCUGAAUUUGACCUCCCGUCAUUUGAUCAAGUACCCAUUUUCGUUAUAAACCAAGCUAACCUCAAGGUCAUUACAUUACACCUUUAUAAAACCAUUAGAAUCUUCUUUUAGAAAUUGAAAUUUUCCAGAGAGAGACAGAGAGAAAGAGAAGAUGGCAGUUGGGUUGAUGGAAGUGCUGCUUGUGAAUGCAAGAGGACUUGGGGACACAGAUUUCGUUGGUCGUAUGGAUCCUUAUGUUGCGGUGAAAUACAAAAGCCAAGAGCGCAGGACCAGCGUGGCCAGAGGACAAGGUGGCAAUCCGGUGUGGAAUGAGAGAUUAAUAUUCAGGGUAGAGUAUCCAGGGUCCGGCGAGCAGUAUAAGCUCACCCUUAAAAUAAUGGAUAAGGACACCUUCACUGCUGAUGACACCAUAGGCGAAGCAACGAUCUAUGUUAAGGAGUUAUUGGAACUGGGUGUGGAGAAUGGAUCAGCUGAAUUACAUCCUAAGAAAUAUAGUGUGGUUGCUGCAGAUAAAAGUUUCCGUGGAGAAAUUCAAGUUGGUGUAACUUUCACCAAGAAGGCAGAACAGGAAUAUGGAGGACAAGAAUUUGGAGGAUGGAAGCAUAGUGAAUCAUAUUCAUAGGGAAAGAAACACUACUGCGGAUGGGCUUGAAUCUGGGCUAUUAAGAGAAAUGGGCUGCUAUUGCUAGGCCAAUGUUUUGUUGUAGUUACGUUGGGACCUGCUGGGCAUUGAACCUCAAUGUAGUUGGUUAAUCUUUUCUAUCUUAAUUAUCUUAAUUGUUUACCUUUUAACAUUUGAAAUUCAGAUGGCGAAACGAAAUGAUGUGAUCGAUUCCCUCCCUCCCUCCUUUAAAACCUGAAUUAUGUGAUCAACUAGUGUACAUAAAAUGAUGUUCCAUAUUAAAUUUUCAAAA